AUGUCCACCGCAAGUCUUCCGAGCUACUCACCUCCUUCACCUCUACCCAGAACACCCUCCUACACUGCAGAGCCUCUAUCUGAUGAGCGCCGCCUUACCCAAGGGCGCUUACCAAUCCGACGUGUGCGACCUCCAGUUGCUGACGUCGUGAAGCAGAAUAAAUCGGGGACUAUCAGUCUUCGUCUGACGCAGGCCCAGCGAAUAGAGGGCGACAAUCCAGUGUAUGGCGCGCGAGGCCCCGUCGAAGGUACAGUCGAGUUAUCGAGAACAGAUGGCGUGGUAUAUGUGGCCGCGAAGAUCGAAGGAGUACUUAAACUGAAAGAGGUCGCAGCAGGCGGAACAACAACCCUCGUUCUUUGUGACGAGACCGCUUUUCUGUGGCGUAAAGGCAUUGACGACGGACCUUGCCCUAUCCAUCUACCGUUCAGUGUGGUUUUGCCGGCCACCUUUGCGGAUGAGAAAGGUUCAUAUCCUUUACCCCCCACAUAUGAAGCGCACCUAUCAGGGUUACCCGGAUUUCAAGCCAACGUCCAGUAUAGUGUAACAGCUGUAGCCAGCAGAUCAAGGAACACAAGGCUCAACAUUGGUGCCAUAUCGGUAUCAACACCUUUCGUAUUCCAUCCCCGAUCUCGACCAAGCCUGCCGAUUCCUCCCCCGCUCUCCCGCUCUCAUGUGAGGCCCGGCCUGGACAUCACGCCACAAUGGAAGAGCCACGAGAGCGUCAUCACUUCUCGAGUUCCUGGUUCUAGAGAUAUACUUUGCACCCUCUACCUCCCUAAAUCACAGGUAUUCUGUAUAAAGGAAACGAUUCCCUUCCACGUAUCCUUCGUAUCGUCCGCCAUGUCCUUAGCCUCCCUGCUUCCUUACGUUCCCACGAAUACCCCUGCCAACACCAACAGAUACACUCGGAUACAACUCCUUCGUCAGACCAGCGUGGACGCCAAGAAUGAUUAUGUUCCUGCAGGUACCAAAACAGAGAUGUGGCGCGUGGCUAGUCUAGGCGAGGGGUCAUUCUGGCGAACUAGCGAUGGGCCCGACUGGAUUACCUUUUCUGGGGAGUUGAAGGUUAGCCCUAACGUGCAGCUUGGUGGUUUCAAAGCAGGAGGUUUAUGGGUAAAAGACUGUAUAGUGUUUUCCAUUUCUCCACCCGACUCCCUCAAAGGUCCCAUCGGCGACCUACGCGAAGUCUAUCCUAUCCGUCUUGUAACUGACCCAUGGGAGAGCGGACCCCGCGCGGGAAUGAUUCAGCGGGAGAGUUCAGCGGGGUCGGAUGAGUCCACGUAUGAACAACCGUACCUUGCGUAUGCUGGUCAUUAG